AUGCCAGGCGCGGGCGAUUACGUUCCGCCCAAGCAGUACAUGCGCGUCAUGAAGGACAUGUGGGACGCGGUUGACGGACACUUCGACCCAAACUACGUGCUCACGAAGAGCGGGCACGACCUCGUGCAACUUUACUCCAUUAAGGCUUCGCACCCCGAGAUGCCGUACGCAAUGCACUUCCUGUCGAUGAUGUGCGCGCUGUCCAACGGGGCGAAGAUUGCACUGUUCCCUUCGUCGGACAAUCCACUCUUUAUCUUUUUCUUUAACAUUAACUAUGCUCAAACACGGAAGAGUUCGAUCACGGGCAAUGCUGACGGGUUCGGCGACCAGAUCGACAAACACGUGUUGAAGGUAGUUGAAAAGAUGUGGGAUGAUCUGAAGAGCGCGGAUGACGAGGAAGAGGAAAAUAACGUCGCUCCCAAAAUCGUCUCUUCAGUGCUGCACUCAGCGACGCCAGCAGAGUUCUUUCACCGCAUGGCUGGCGACUUCCAGCAAUUGCAGAACGCCGACAAAAUGGACCACGACGAACUGAAGCGCAGGCAUUUCUUCGGCGUGCUUGUGAACUUGGACGAAGCGCACGACCUACUCCAAGCCUUCGGGCUUUUGUCCGACGAGCAAAAGGCGUCCAGCAAGGGCGGGAGGAACGCCGUCAACCCGCACCAGUCUGCUUUCAACAAGUUAGCGCAGUACGGCCAGGCGUCCCGGUCGACGAAGUCGCGCGGGUCCUACGGCGCCGCGGCGGCGCCGACGGUGUCUGUCGGCAUGACGGGGAACAUGCGCCCCAGCCAGUACGUGCCCAUGGAGAGGUGGGAGUCUGGCAGCCAUUUCGCCCACGCGAAGGAGCGGCUCAUGGUAGCGACAGGCCGGCCGGUGCAGCCGCACGAAGCGCCCCCCACGGACUUCGCCCCCCCGACCGGCCACUCGUCUUGGACGCGGGCCCCCCUGCUGCCAGAGAUCGCGGACGCACUCGGAUUGGGGGAGGGGGCGGCGAGUCCCGAGGCCGCGGAGAGGCUGCGGGAACGUCCGACUGAUGGCCUACCCGCGUUGGAUGCCGCGGCAGAAGUCGAGGAGCGGUUCCGCCCAAACGCGAACGGCUACGUGGUCACGCUGCCAGACGGCGUGGAGACGAGAGUGCGCUUCCGCUUGGCAUCUGACGCAACGUUGGGUUUCGAGGCAGAAUGGCGGAUCGCCAACCGCAGCUUUCCCACCCCUGCCGCGCACGAGUUGCAGAAGUGUUGCGCCCGCGCCCUCGCGUAUUUCAACGAGCCCCACCGCGUCCUCACCCUGACCGACCGGGCGGACGUUGCAUUCAGGUCGUACACGGGUUGCUUCAACGUCCAGGCGGCGACGAAGCGCGACAAGAAGGACAUCGAGGGCGCCGCGCGCAUGGGCUGCGCGCCGUGGCAACUGGGACAGAUCGCAGGGGCCCUGUGCGUAUUCGACAUCUUCCACGGCCGCUACGACGAGACCCCAGUGUACCAGAGCAGGACCAUCCAGGUUGUGCCCGAGCACAUUAAGCGAGCCGCUAGCUUACUGUUCGCGGAGGACCGCCUCAAAGCGAUCGCGGCGGGCGGAGACGCAGCGGCGACUGGCCCUCCCGGCAUGGACGAGGCCGCGAUGAUGAGGCUCCAGAUGGAGAGUUACAUCGGCACGGGGGGGGGCCCGCAGCCCUUCGACGGCCUGUGGUCCCAGAACGCCUUCGCAGGCGACGCGGCGACGCCUAGUGGCAACCAUCUUGAGGCAUCUGCAGUGGAGGAGGAGGAGGCUGAGGAGGAGGCUGCCCGGGCAUUGGGGCUCGACGGGACGCCGCAGGACGAACCGCGCGGCGCCGCCGCGCUGGGCGGCGGCGCCAGCGCAGACGAUGGCGGCUUUCGCCAGCGCCUCGCGGCAGAUGGGCCCGAGGGCGCGGGAGUCGGCGCGCGGGCUGACGUUCCGGGCGCAGAGGAACUCCAUGGUGCAGGUGACUUGGCUGCCGCCCAGGCGGCCCCUGCGAGCUCCACUCGCGACGCCUUGCUCACGAUGAAGGACGUCCGGUCCAUUGAAUACGGGCACGGACUCCAGGGGUCUUCGGUGCAGGAGACGUUGCUUGCGCCUCAGUGGACGGACCGCGCCGCGAUGCAGAAAACGCCCCUCGCGGGGGCCCCAGCGAUCGACCGCAGGUCUGCCGCGCAACGCAUCAUGACUUCCCGUGCGGGUGGGGGGAGACGCAAGACCAUUGAUGCAGAGAGAUGGGCGCGCGUCAUGAAGGCAGGCCUCGCGGGUUGCUCCAUUGCCCAGUUUGACGAAGAGGAGUGCAGAGUGAAAAUGCCUCCAGUUCCAGAUGACGUGGCCUUGCGCCACAAGUACCACAAUGAGCUCAUGACCUUGUGCGGCAUUGCGCCCCACCAACUGGUGGAAGCCAUGCAGUCCGCCAAGAAGGCAGCCGAGCAGCGCGGCCGGGCCGGCCCGGGGGAGCCCCAUCCAAAUAAGAAGGCCAACAGGGCGGUGGCUGAGCGGAGUCGCAGCCGUUCGCGGCAGCAGGAUGCCCGCGAGCGCAGUUGA